GAGAGAGAGAGAGAGAGAGAAAGGCCAACAUGAGCCACAAAGACACACGAAGAAGAACAAGAGAGCAGCUGUAGAGAACAUCUAAGCCUCCAGGACCAGAACCAAGGUCAGACCCAGGACCAGAGGCUGCUUGACGACCAGCAUCAGAACCCGGCCCACAGACCAGGAGCGGACCAGUCCACAAUGUCAGAGUCCAUCAGAAGAAAAAGCUCCAGCCGACAGCUCCUGCAGAACCUCAUCAGUUUGACGGCCGAGCGGAGCCAGGAGGAUGCUGAAGAGGUGGAGCGGGAGCGAAGGAGGAGAGCCAGAGAGACGCAGGGAGGAGAGGGAAGCCCCUCCUGGCCGGAGCCCCCCCAGCCCAACAAUCUCACACACAACACAGAGUUAGACGAGGAGCUGAAGCCCAGACGCUGCUUCGUUCUGGAGGAGGACGAGGGCUUCAGCGACUGGAGUCAAAGGUUGGAGAAUCGUAAUGAGCAGGAGGUGCAGGAUGACUGCAGGGCCAGAGUGCAGAGACCUUCAACACCACAGGGGAAACCAGAGCCUGAAGAGGAGAAACAGCAGGGGGGUGAAGAGGAGAAACAGCAGGAGGGUGAAGAUGAGAAACAGCAGGAGCGUAAAGAGGAGGUGGGAUGUGAGCCUGAACAAAGCAGUCGGUCACAGGAAGCUUCAACAAGACCUCCAGAGAAGAUGUCCAGCAACAAAAAGGAAGUCAGGACUUCGUACAGCUCAACGGUCUUCCUGCCACAGGACAGCAGGUUGCAACACGCCAUGGGCCAACCAGCAGACAGGACGUCCUACCUGGUGGCCGGGACGAUGAGGCCACGCGGAAGGGCAUGCAGGGUGGAUGGGGAGGUGGAGCAGGAGGAGCAGAAGGAAAGGGAAGUGAUACAGGCUGCUCUGCAGAGGGAGUGGAGGUCCGAAGAAACCCACCAGCGCCCCAGAGAUGAAGAUGACCAGGAGGAAGAAGAACUGAGUUUCACACAUGAAGAGAAGGACAGGAGGGAGCAGAAACACAUGGAGGAGGAAGAGCAUAAGAUUUCAGACCAGAGGUCAAUGGAGAGCAGGAGGAGUGAGGAGGUGAACAGAAGGUCUGCAGCCUCUCUUUGCAGCACCAGCGAAUGCGAGGAGCCUUUAAACUACGGUCCCAUGAGCCCGACAUUCAAGAAACUCCUCAUUCAGUUUUACCCAGAUGAAGUGAACAGCAGAGUCUCAACAGACAGUAAAUGUAAGAUCAUAGAGAGAACUGAGUCUCUGAGGAAAAGCACCAGCAACAUAAAGAAGACGCUUCCACCUGCUUCUGUUUCAAAGAUUGACAAGAAACUGGAGCUGUACACACAUGCUCUCGAGGUCUCCUCAAAGGAAGGCAGAUCAGGCAGCCAGGUGCUGACGGACCUGAUGAGUCCCACUCAAGCCGUCUCCUCCAAGAAGAACCUUUUUGAGGCCGGGGAAGCCUGGACCCAAAACACCAUCUCAAUCACACCAUCUAAGGAUGCAGAUGGUUUAAAAGUUGGCGUGGCUGAUCUCAUCAAUCAGUGGGUGAAAGGAAGUGAAGAUGGGAGCAGGUGCAGCUCGCCUUCCAGACCAGCAGAGUGCUCCGCUGGUAAAAGAUAUAAGUUUGUGGUGGCUGGUCACGGCAAGUAUGAGAAGGUUUCUGUGGACGACUGCAGUGAAGAUGCAAACUGCCAGUCAGCUGGACAGUUCUACGAAGAUUUGUGAAACACAUGCUGGACUUUGAAGAAUUUUGGAUUAUGAAAACCAACAACUUUGAUUCUGCACACAUGUUAGCCACUAUCACUUCAUUUUUCCAUGUAUUUCACAUUUUAAGUUGGUAUAAGUGCUUAAAUCCUGAUGUAAUGACACAUUUCUUCUGAAACUUAUCAUUUAACAAAAAGGUAGUGAAGCAAAUAGUGAGUCUUUUUUUCAGUUUAUACUUUGCAGGUAUUAAUUUUAUCCUGUGAAUAAUAUGCUCAGCAAUAGUGCAUCUUUUAAUACUAUGAAAUCAUUUCAAUAAAACACAUUCCUGAU